GGGCGUGGCCUAUACCGGAAGUGCGGGUGGAUCUUCGCGUAGCAUGUAGAGCGUCAAUUUCACACAAUAACAGACAGAAAUCAAGCAUGGCCCUCAACAACAAUCACUCUGAAUGUGGAGGUGUUAUCAUCAACAACAGCGAAAGUGUCUUGAUGUCAUAUGAGAAUGUGGAGCUGCUGUUCAGUGACGCAGAACGCUUGCCAGAAGCCUUCAGAAAAAGCAAGAAGGGAAGCAUCUACCUGACACCUUACAGGGCGAUCUUCUUGACUAAAGGGAAGGACCCCCUGCAGUCCUUCAUGAUGCCGUUUUAUCUUAUGAAGGGCUGUGAGGUCAAACAGCCAGUACUUGGUGCCAACUACAUCAAGGGCACGAUCAGCGCUGAGCCUGGAGGUGGCUGGGAAGGUUCUGCAACCUUCAAGUUGAUUUUUGUUGCCGGAGGAGCGAUUGAGUUUGGACAGUGCAUGCUACAGGUGGCAGCACAGGCAUCCAGAGGGCAACCGGUGACUGUAAAUUACGGCUGUCCUUACAUGGCGAACGGGGCGUUCGCUUACCCUCCUCCUCCUCCUGCUAACGGCAUGUAUUCGGCCGCACCACCUCCGCCUGGAUACGCCUACCCUGGACCUCCACCUCCAGGUGGAUUUUACUCCAACCCUCCUGGCUUUGAUGGACCAGCAGCCUACAUGCCUCCUCCGCCGUAUACAGCUCCGAUGAGCCACGCUCCUCCAGACCCAGACCUGCCCAGAACCCCCGCAGCCGAAGCAAAAGCAGCUGAAGCUGCAGCGAGCUCCAGCGCGACUACGUUUGCUCCGACGCGGGUCUACCUGCCCGAG